CCCGUCCCGCGAGAAAAAGUUUCGAGGUGGCCACAAUUUCUUCCCCAUUUCACCUUCAAACAGAGUGGGAAUCACGCCUACAACCGCCAUAUACAGCUCCUCCCCGUCCACCUCCCUCCCGUUUACAGGCCGCUACAAUGAGCAACUCAACCUCCCCAUACGCCUCGCAGCGCUACUCUGCGCGGGCCGCCAAUUUCGCAAACGCGACGGCCGUGCAAUUGCUGAACCUCAUGGACGAGAAGAAGACCAACCUUUCUGUCGCUGUCGACGUCACGGAGAAGAAGGACUUGUUGAGGUUGGCGGAUGAGCUUGGGCCUUAUAUUUGUGUUUUGAAGACACACAUCGAUAUCCUAACCGAUUUCGACCCCUCCGUAAUCACCACCCUAACCGCCCUCGCUCAAAAACACAACUACCUCAUCUUCGAAGACCGCAAAUUUGCCGACAUCGGCUCCACCGUCGCCGCGCAGUACGCCCACGGCGUCUACAAAAUCGCCUCUUGGGCGCACAUCACCAACGCCCACCCGGUGCCAGGGGACGGUAUCGUCCACGGGCUCGCGCAGGUCGGCCUCCCCCUCGGCCGCGCUCUACUUCUUCUCGCGGAGAUGUCGUCCAAGGGCACGCUGGCGAGGGGUGAGUACAGCCAGGAGACGCUGCGGAUGGCGCAGGACAAUGCGGAGUUUGUGGUUGGAUUUAUUGGGCAGAGGAGGUUGAAAGGGACCGAGUCAGGGAAGGAGGAGAGGGACUUUCUAUAUAUGACGCCGGGGGUAUCGAUGGCGCAGCCGGGGGAUGCGUUGGGGCAGCAGUAUAGGAGUCCGGAGCAGGUGGUGGAGGAGAGCGAGUGUGAUGUGGUUAUUGUGGGGAGGGGAAUUUACGGCGCGCAGGACCCGGUGGCGAAGGCGAGGGAGUAUAGGGAGGCGGGGUGGAAUGCGUAUUUGAGGCGGACGGGGCAGACGGGGCGAAGUGAGUGAGUGGGCCUGUAUGCAGAAUGCUCAUAUGCUACGCUUACGGAGCAAUGGAACUUGCGCUCGGCAAAGGAAUGAUGGCAACUGCUGGAGCUGUUAGCUCGAAAUGCAA